GUCAAAAUCGACCCAGUUUUUGUUUUUAACCAUUUAACCUCUUGAUUGAAGUUUUUUGACACGUAUUCUCGAUACCUCUCUAAUUCGUAGAAUUUUACCACAUCAUGCUUACAUUCUUUCCUUUUUCGUGACCCUUUGCCCAAGGAGACGGCUAGGGAGGGAGACGGUGGCCUACUGCCACCAUGCCGUUUAAGCUACGCCUGAAGAAGAGCCGCCAGUACAAUGUGGUAUCCAAAUCGUUAUUUGUUAUUUGUGUGGAACUGUUGGAUGGCAGUUCAAUGGAAUGCACACUAUCUGGAGAGAGCACUGGACAGGAAUGCCUGGACAAUGUUUGCCAAAGAUUAGGGUUGCAACAACAUGAGUAUUUUGGACUACGAUACAUUGCAUUGAAUGGGAUGCAACGCUGGCUUGAAAUGGAUAGACCUGUUAAAAGACAACUUGAUAAGCAUGCAAGCAAACUUAAUUUAUUCCUACGAGUCAUGUACUAUGUCUUAGGGGUCAGUCAACUACAAGAUGAAAUGACAAGGUAUCACUACUUCUUACAAUUGAAGAUGGAUGUCAUUGAAGGUCGCAUGAGUUGUGAUGCUCGCCAAGCUAUUCAGCUUGCUGCUUUUAGCAUGCAAGCUGAAUAUGGAAAUCAUGACAUGGAAAGGCACACAAUAGAAUACCUGAAAGACCUCACUCUUUUCCCCAAGCAUUUGCUGGAAUAUGGACAUGCUGACGCCUUAUUGGAAGGGGUCAUCAAGCAGCACCGCGUCCUCAGGGGUGUUGCCCCUUGCACUGCAGAGGAACACUACAUCCAGGCCGCUCAGCAGUUAGAUGGAUAUGGGCAAGAACUCUUUCAAGCUGUGGAUGAAACAGGAAGUAAUGUUGUAAUUGGUGUUUCAUUGAGUGGAGUAGGAGUAGGAUAUGACAACAAUCAACUGUCAAAAUUUUACAAAUGGAAGGACAUAACUAAUGUUGUAAAUCACAAGCGUUACUUUGUAAUGGAAUGUCAAGUGCCCGACAGAUCAGUCCAGUUUCAGUUUUCUGAUGUAGAGAGUGCCAAAUAUGUGUGGCGAAUGUGUGUCUACCAACAUAAAUUUUUCAUGCAACAUGAACCAAAUGUACCCGGUGAUGUCCAAGCAGCUCAUAACCUUUUCACUCAGAGUGCAACUGAAUUGGCAGAGAGUCAUGAAGAACUUGAUGCUGGGCGAGCAGUAACAUGGGGUCCGACAUGGACCUCAGUACCAACUAUGCCUGUACGUGCCCAAUCAACUUCAUGCCUUGAUCUGGCAACUCCGCAAGAUAUGGACCGCCUUAGAGCCCUGCUGCCCUCAUAUCGUCCAGCACCUGAUUAUGAAACAGCAGUUCAACAGAAAUACCAUUCUGGAGCGCAACAGGAAGUAGUGCCUGCCAAUGUGGUGCGACCCAUCACAAGGCAUCAACUGGGAGUCUUAUAUAGCAGUCAGCCAGAAAUACACCAAACCCACCUUCACGAGAAUUUAAACUGUGGUGCCAUUUACAAACACUACCCAGAUGUAGCAAGAGUUGAAAGGAGGUAUAUUGAGGCUAACACUCAUCAUGCACUAAUGCCUACUCCUCAUACCUAUAGCACCCCAGAUCUUGAUGUUGUUGUUGGGCACCAGCCAGCUUAUUUACAAAAGCCCCCACCGCCAUACCCAAUUAACCGCCCAAGUAGCAAUAGCACUCCUGAUUUGGCAUCUCAAGCUCUCUGCGCACCACGGCCCCAUUUGUUUAGCCCUCAGGUUAGUGGCUCCAGCCCAGAUCUGGUAUCCUCUCGUUCUCUGGGCAUGGGCCGUAUGGUGAGUCUAGCCGGUGGUCUUAGAGGCUUGGGUCCACCCUUGGGGUACUCCUUGCUGCCAAACCCAGAGAACCAUCGUACUCACACAAACCUUGCUGCAGCAGCUAUUGAUCCACAUGUCCAGCAUGUGGAAGAACUGCGCCGAGGACGAGAGAACGGAUGUUUAAACAAAAUGAUGAAUGGCACUGUGGCUCCUCCUCAACAGUUUCGCAACAUACCUGUUUCUGUCCCAACAUCGUCAGCUCAGGCACCAGAACCCAUUUAUGAAAAUAUACCUUUACCGUGGGCUGCUGAAGGACGAGAAACUACAGCUGAUGGAGUAGGGCCAAGGAGCAGAGCCUCAAGCAUUCAAUCUGCUCCAGAGAUGAGCAGAGGACUGGCCAGUGUGGAGCUUCUCAACAGCUCUAACUCCCCAUCCAAGAUGGGAGCAGCCAAUGCUAGUAUCAGCGUCAGUGUCGCGCCCAUCAUGAUUGCCCAUUCUGGGGUCCAGCACCACGGCUCCCACUCUAAACUCUACACUAGUCAAGAGAGGUUACAGCAGCAACCUCAAAGUCUUCAGCAAGUGCCACAAUCAUCAAACCUUCAACAAGUUCAACAGCUUGUCCCACAACAGAGUACUAUUUUACAACAGCCCCAGCAAACAAUGCCAAUCUCAACACCCCACCAGCAACAUCAACAGCAGUCAAAGCCAUUGACUGCACUAAUGUUCCCACCUCAACAGCAGCAGCAACAGCAGCCUCAACAGCAACAGUCACCACAGCAUACUCAACAACUUCUUAAACAAAACCACCAAGUCGCCAGCACUCAGCAACAGUCAAAAUUGUCAUCAUUGAAUACUGAAUCUUCUCAACAUUCAAUCACUAAUGGUAACCACAGCCCCCCCAGUCAGGUAGUCUCUGGGCUGAGUUCUCAAAGGCUGAUAGAGUCAGUGCCUGUUUCUGUUUUGACAGAUCCUGGCCAGCCACCCCGACCACAUGGUCCACACACUAGUCACAACACCUCUGCCACAUCCACUAACUCCAGUAUGGACUCAUCCUCAUCGUCAGGCAAAACAACAGGCAGAAAGGGUCGACGCCUAAAGUGGGCUGGCUUAGGCCUGCUUGGUGGUACUCGAGACAAAGAUCGCUCUGAUUCUAAUGCUAACUCCACCAACCAGCAUCAUUGGGGAACUGCACUUCCCAGGGUGCCACUACCAUCAUCUGUUUCAAAGGAAACUUUGGGUCAGCUUUUAGAAAAGAAACUUGUUGACAGUCAGCUGUUUUUUGAGUUUGAGAAGAUUCCAAAGAAAAGACAAAAUGCUGAAUUUACCUCUGCCAACCAUCCCGACAAUAUUGUUAGAAACAGGUUCAAAGAAGUGUUACCCUAUGAUGAAAACCGUGUUCGACUUACUCCCAGUAAAGAGAACCGACAGGGCUAUAUUAAUGCAUCACACAUAACUGCAACAGUUGGCAAUCAGCAACGUUUUUAUGUAGCUGCUCAGGGUCCUCAGACCAACACCCUUGUCAGCUUUUGGCAGAUGGUGUGGGAAGCUGAUAUUUACCUUGUGGUGAACUUGUUGGGGGCAAAUGAAGAUGGUGCCAUACCUUAUUUACCCACUAAUAUAGCUGACCGUAGCCUUGAUUUAGGAGAUUUUCAGGUGUGGUGGCAAUUUUCUCAAGAGAUGGGACACUGCGUGACCACAAAGUUGAGGCUCUUCCAUGCUGCUACACGUCGAGUGCGCGGAGUGUGGCACUUGCAGUACCCUGAGUGGGGUGAUCAGGGAUGUCCUAAUAGUGUGGGUCACUUCUUAGGAUUUCUUGAAGAACUUAAUUCAGUCCGUCAGCAUACUGUGAGUGAAAUCCCUCCUGGCCAUAAUCGCAAUCCACCAGUACUAGUACAUUGUAGUGCUGGUGUUGGUCGGACUGGAGUGACUAUUUUAAGCGAUCUGCUUCUGUACACUCUUGACCACAACCAGGAACUGGAUAUUCCACGGGUUGUGGCUCUCUUACGUCAUCAGCGUAUGCAUAUGCUACAAACUGUUGCUCAGUAUCGAUUUGUACACAGUCUUCUUAUCCAUUACCUUAGGCAAUCUAGGCUCAUUUAAUAUUAAUCCAAACCACCGACAGAAACCAUUAAGUUGACUUUGUACUCAGUCUUCCCAUCCCCUACCUCAAGCAACUAAGAAUAAUUAGGAGUCCAUAUUAUCAAACUCAAAUGUAUGCUAUGCUAAUUAAUUCAACAUGAUAAAAAUCAAUCUUCAGUCAUAUUUUUAAUAUGUGACCACUAUUUGUAGGACUAAGUAUCAAUGUGUUUUAUAUGUAGUGAGGAGCAAGUAGCAAGUACCUACAGAAUGUGCAUGCUUUGAGGUCUGUGUUAACUUGACAAUAAUUGUUGCAGAGACGUUACAAUUUGUAUAAAAUUUAUCCGCUAAACUCAUGUGGUAUAUUAUCAUAUUUGUCUACUUAAUUAUGUUUACAUUUGUCUUGUGAUCAAUUGUGUAUUAUUACGUAUUAUACUUAAUUUAGGAACUGUUAAAAUUUUGCUAUGAUGGAUAACCAUUUGGUUAUUGAAAUUUGCUUUCUGGUGGUAAUACUUUUUAGAGAUUGGAGCCAUUACUGACAAGACUGAUCUCUUUGAUUCCUUGGUUAACAUCAGAUAGUACCUUCCUUUUAUGCUGCAGUCAGAUAGCAGCUUUGUUGUUGUCGUCUUGUAAUAGAGCGAGCUGGUCCUUUUGUCUAUUAGAAUUCUGGAGCUAACCCUCCUGAAUAAUUAAUUAUGCUUAUGCUGCAAGUAAUUUACAGUAGCAUUUAACUGUAAAAAUUUGAAAGACCUCAAAUGUUUGAGGGUACAUGCUGUAAUAUUUUUCUGAACACAUUUUCAAAGUGUUAAAUGAUAUUUUUGGAAUGAAAAGUCCGCUUUUGGUACCAGUUUGAAGGUAGUUUUGUUCUGUCCUGUGCCUUUUGACUGAGUGCAAUGUAGUGUUUCAAUAGGCAUAGUAACAUGGAUUGUGAAAUAUUUUUAGUGCCUUUGAACAAAUGAGUUAUAUCAAUCUAUUCAUAUUACUGGUCGCACACAACAUAUUUUUUGCAGUUAAAGAAUGAAGCUGAGUUAUAUAUUUAAUCAUCAUUAGUUUAAAUGAUAUCUCUAUUUUUGACACUAUUCCAAGCUGUUUAUUGGCUAAAUUAACAAAAUUUUAACAGAACUUUGUGAUAGCUUUCUUGUCAUAGUCUCAUAGAAUAAUGUUUAUUCCUCAUCAACUCUCUUAAAUCACUCAGGAAUCAAUGCUUUCUUUCUCUUCAAAAAGUAUGUGGUUUGUAGAAAGUAAUCUCCAUGUUAGAUUUGAAUAGUUUGAGUCCCAUCUAUUUAUUCAUUUUAUAUUCUAAUUUGUUGAAAUAUGUGUCCAUGCACAUCCCUGUAUCAUGUCAUCCCAAUCACAUUCUCUACCUGCUUUAGCUUAUCUUCUGUGUUUCUGUUUCUCUACAUGUAACUUAUCUUUUUUUUUCUUUUUUUUUUGUUAUCAUUCUCAUUUGCUGGUAGUAGAAUUUGGAAAUACCUUAUGUUGGUAAUUCUUCUGUGUCUUACAUGUGUUGCUUUAUCUAUCACUAGUUGCAAGUCCCACCGACUAGUGGACACAAUGCUAUGCUGCAUUUUGACUGUCCUUUAAAAUCUGCAAGUAUUGUUUAAUGAAAUCUCAUUAUUGUAUUACUUUCCUUAUAUUUUAUAUAAUCAUGAAGAGUGAUGCAUGAAUCUGCUCCACUAGGUAUUUGUUUGGGCAUGAUGCAUCUUGUGCAUCUUUGAGAUGAUGGCAUAUCUGUCAGGUCAGCAAUUUGUUUAGUUAUCUAUCUACUUACUUCUGAUGGAAAGUGUAUAACACUGCCAACUAAAAUUCCUUUAGUUAUUGUCAUCUUUACUUGAUGGAAGCCCAUCCUAACUAUCUAUACCCAUGGUGUGUGUGCAUUCUAUACUGAAAACAAGGUGGCUGAAUAUUUCAACAUUCUUAUGAUGUAUACUCAAUACAGGUACAGCUUGUUGUAAGAAUGAUGGAUAUGGAUUUUUAUCAGUAUUUGAGGUAUCUUGCCCUUGAUCUUUUUUGUUUUUGUUGUGAAGUCUGAUUAUUAUUCUAUUUACUUUAGCCCCCGGCUCCCAGUAUUAAAUGUAUCUAUAUUUAUUGGUAUUCUCAAGUCCCCAAGUCCUUGAUUUUUUAUUGUGCUAAAACAAUUUCACCUACUGAACUCAGCUAGAAUAUUAGUAUUUUACAGGUGUACAAUAAAUACAGUUGUUAGAUUCUAGGUGAAACAACAAUCAAAUUGUGUAUGUAUUUUGGUCAUACACAACAGAAACAAGAAAAAACUGUUUCUUUUCUACUUUAAUCACAGCCUAUACUGCAGUCAGGUGUUACGUUAUAUUGUUUAUGUUGACUCGAGUCCUUGGCUCAAUUCUCAAGUAAUACUUUGCUUUGUGUACUUACUCACUGUUUUAUCACAAUUGUGAUUUAUGUUUUUCCCUCUUUUUGCCUUGUGGUGCUACAAUAAACAAUAAUACCAAUUA